CUGUCAGCAAUGUUGGCCAGUAUGAGAACCUUGCAGUCAGCGGGACAACAGUUUACUCAGCACAAGCUGGAUGUCGGAGAGGACAGGGAUAGUGGUGGUGGUGGUGAGUGUAGGGGUGGUAGUGGUAAGUCGUGGGUGAGGGAUGAGUGUGUGACCCGUACUACCAGCAUGCCUAAUCCGCCAGUCCAACUUUUCUGUCCCCCCGCCUCCACCGCUGCCUACCUCUGCCCCACCGCCUCCAUUUCACGAGAACUCGACUCCAGACUCUGCCGGUGAUCAGCCUUCCAAGUAGCCAGGACUACAGUGAAGGCUACGAUCAACCAAUCUACAUGGAGGUGGACCAGUACGGCAGGUCUCCACUAGAGACUUACAUACAGCUGGAGGAUAUUAACGGUAAGGAAGGUGGGAAGGAGAGGUCAUCUCCGCUUGCUACUACUCCCUCAGCACCACCAUUUCCAACACAGGCAGCAUACACCAAGGAUCACAUCUGCUGCCCCUCCAACUCGCCCAGCUGUGUGUGGACAAGCUGUUCCUGCCUUUCGCCUACUUCUAAGGCCCUCUCCAACUGCAACGCUCCCUCAAAGGCCAUAGUCAACUACAUCAACGUCUCUGUCAACCACCUGUCCAUCUCGUCUCGGGGUAGCAGCAUGUCAUCUAACACUGGCGGCGUCUCUCCCUCACCUAGACACACUCCUGUCAACCUCUGUCCCCACUUGGGGCAGCACCCUGGGCUACUCCAGCGGCUGCACCAAACCCGCAUCUGACAUCCUUUCCCCCAAACUACAA